GAGAGAAGAAGGAGAAGGAGAAGAGCAACUGAGGCUCGAAGAGUGCUCUGUGUGUGUGUGUCACAAUAUCCUGUGAUCACCACUGCUUUUGAGCUUUCACUGGAACUUCUUUGGAGGUGGAAGGACUGAUCAGGAUGGAGAGGCAGAAGUUUCCCUUUACUAUUGAGAACAUCCUGAAGUAUCCAAGCAGCAGUGGAGAUAAACGGUCCUACGGAGCGAGUGGUCUUGGCUUAAAAGAGAAGACGGUGAGUCCUGCUGGAGGCCAAACAGAGGCGGUUCAUCAUGCCUGCCUGUGCUGCUGCUACUGCUCCCACUGUGCUGACAUACUCCAGCCUGACUUCAUCCACGAAGCUUGUCAGUAUGGCUGGAACCCAGCAAUCCUCUCAGAUUCGUGCAGGCUGGGAGACACUCACAGGGAGGAGCAGUCACCCACUCAGCUGCAGAGGCGAACCCGGCGUCACCGGACCAUUUUCACCGAGGAACAGCUGGAUGCACUGGAGGAGCUGUUCCUGCAGAACCAGUACCCAGACGUGAACACAAGAGAGAAACUCGCACAGCGCACUCACUUAAGAGAAGAGAGAGUGGAGGUUUGGUUUAAAAACAGAAGAGCCAAGUGGAGACGUCAGAAAAGACUUUCAUUUGUUGUGGGAAACACAGAAAAAAACUAAAAAAAAAAAGUUUGCAUGGCUCUGUGUGAUCCAAUCAAAAUAAUUUGCAUAUAUGUAACAUAUAAUUCUUAUAUGUAACCAUACAUGUAAAAUCCUGGCAUGUAUUGACACUAUUACUGUAAGUAAAACCUUGAAUUUGUAAAUGGGUUGUUGUA